ACGGCCACGGCCACGGCCAACGAGCAGGUGACAGAGAGAGAGGACCAACUUGAGCAACAAGUAGAACAGAGCACCGUCGGCGACUAUACUUCCGACCAUCUUCUCCAACACAUCCUUCUUUCUCGCCUGCACCUCAGUCCUCACACAACAAAACGCCGACGACAAAGCUACUCGCCAUCUGAACUGAAAGUCUGAAACGUCGGCUCCUCGCCCCGUGGGCUGCUCCGGCGAUGGAAGACGGCGGGAGGAGCACGCAGUGGCGCUUCGCGGCCCCGAACCCGACCUUGUCGGCCGCCGGCGAGAGGAGCAUCCAGAAGGCCCUCCUCCAGGUGCACGCCUGCCUGGACGAGCGCGGCCCGCGGCCCGUGAUCCCGCUGAGCCACGGCGACCCCUCCUCCGCACCCUCCUUCCGCACCGCGCCCGAGGCGGAGGAGGCCCUCGUCGCGGCCGUGCGCUCCGGCGAGUACAAUGGGUACCCCACCCCUGCCACCGGCCUCCCCGCUCGCAGGGCUGUUGCCGAGUAUCUGUCACGUGAUCUUCCUUACAUGAUUUCCCAUGAUGAUAUUUUCCUCACUUGUGGAGGUAGCCAAGCAAUCGAGACUGUGAUGUCUGUUUUUGGCCAAGCAGGCGUCAACAUAUUGCUGCCAAUGCCUGGCUACCCAAAACACGAAGCACAUGCUGUGUUUCAUAGGAUGGAAGUACGGCAUUAUGAUCUUCUCCCGGAGAGAGGAUGGGAGGUUGAUUUGGAAGCUGUUGAAGCUCUCGCAGAUGGGAAUACUGUUGCAAUUUUGAUUACCAACCCCAACAACCCAUGUGGUAGUGUGUAUACCUACGAACAUUUGGCCAAGAUUGCAGAUAUAGCAAGCAAGCUCGGUAUUUUAGUCAUUGCUGAUGAAGUAUAUGGUCACCUUGUCUAUGGUACCACACCUUUUGUGCCAAUGGGUGUUUUUGGAGAGACUGUUCCGGUAAUCACUUUGGGAGCUAUAUCAAAGAGAUGGGCUGUACCUGGCUGGAGGCUUGGUUGGAUAGCAACUUGUGACCCUAAAGGCAUUCUGAGAAAAACUAAGGUUGUUGAUUCACUCAGAAGCUUCAUAAGUAUAAUAUCAGGUCCUGCAACAUUUCUUCAGGGAGCUAUUCCUCAUAUUAUCAAGAACACAAAUGAUGAAUUCUAUAACAUCAUUGUCAAGCUGUUGAAGGAGACUGCAGAUAUAUGCUAUGAUGCCAUAAACGAAAUCAAGUGUAUUACCUGUCCCCACAAACCAGAGGGCUCAUUUUUUAUGAUGGUAAAACUGGACGUGUCACAAUUGUCAGACAUUCGUGACGACGUAGACUUCUGCAGCAAAUUGGCGAAGGAGGAAUCAGUUAUACUGUUGCCUGGGAAAUCCUUGGGCAUGAUGAACUGGUUGCGCAUCACCUUUGCUUCGGAGCCACCUACACUGAAGCAAGGGCUCGAAAGGGUGAAGUCUUUCUGCAGGAGGCAUCAGUCACAGGCCAAUUAGCGCUCAUGAGUUGGUGGUAACACCGCGUUACUUUCCUCAAUGCCUAUUGGGGCUUCAGUAAUGGCUUAGACAUCAUUUCCAAUAAAUAAUAUAGGGGUUUGCCAAAAAAUAGUGCACUGCCAUGUGCAACAUGCACAGUUUAUGUCAUGAUUGUCUGCUCCCUUCACUUGUAGUAUUGCGUAUAAGUUAUCAUUCUUUCACAUUGUGAGAUCUCUUUACAUACGACCAAAUAUUUAUGAGAGGUCCUUUCAAAAAAAUAUUUAUGGAAGGUUGA